AUGAAUGGAAUUGGGGUUCUGUUGGCGGCAGACUUAUUACAUCUAGACAAAUUAAUUGAUCCAUUGCAAGAACAAUUUAAAAGAAAAACGAAAUGGUUAAAAAAGAACUUGUCCGUCAUUUUUCCGUUAAUAUCUCAACAACCAAAACUAACCACCCUCAAGGAAGUAUGCUUGACAUUCAUUUUGUCGAAUCCAAUGUUAAUAUUUUCAAUUAAUAAUAUGGGAGAGGAUAUUAUAUAUGACAUACUUGGAAUGAAUGAACUUAAAUAUGAAGAAUCAGAAUAUUGGGAUUACAUUAUUGAAUGGGGAAUGUUAAACUAUCCAACUUUAUUCAGCGAGGAAUUUAAACUACAUCUGAAGGAGAGAAUUCAAACAGGCAAAACAAUUGAGUUGAAUGAUGAACAAUUAGACGCGUUACGAAAUACUUUACAACGACUUCUCACGAGGAUUAGAUUUGAUCAAAUGUCAUCAAAGAUGUUUUAUUUUAAAGUAGGACCAUUCUCAAGAAUUCUACCGGAUAAUUUAUACAUAAAUUUAUUACGGUAUCAUUUCGAACAAAAAGAGAAACCGAAAUUUCCAACAUCGGAAGAUAUAAGAAGGGGACCGAUACAAUCAAAAAUCAUAACAUCGAAACAUGCAGCGAUUAUAACGGAUUGGAUAGAGGCUAGUGAUUUAGAUUAUUUUAAAAGAAAUCCUGAAGAAUUAACUGAUAGAGUAGAAUUUAAGCUGCUUUAUGAUAGUGAGUUAAACGGUUUAACUUCUAAAGCAUUUCAUUCAAGAUGUGAUGGGUUCGCUUCCACGGUAGUUGUAAUAAAAUAUGAUAAUGAUAUCAUCGUUGGUGGUUAUAAUCCCGCAUAUUGGAAAUCAGAAUCCAAAAAGACUUCUUUUUGGAUGCAAUCAGGAAAAUCUUUUAUCUUUUCUUUUAGGAAGAACCAUGAAUCGAUUCUUAGUAAAAUUAACAAUGACGAAAAAGAAUAUGUUAAAGAGUUAUUCAUUUCACCAAACCUUGGUCCAAUAUUUGGUGAAAGUGAUUUAGGGUUAACUUUUAAAAGGGAUCGGAAGAACCGAGAUAUUUGUCAAUGCAUAUGUAGGAGAAAUAAUUAUUCGAGAUCGAUCUUACCCCCGGAAUUGGAACAAAGAAAGGAUUGGUCUAUAAAAAAGUUCGAAGUAUUUCAAAUAAUUAAUAUUAAUCCCAAUAUUUCUAAUUGUUUAAAUCAAAAUUCCGUCAAAUUUGUACCUCUCAAUAAAUUAACAAAUUUCACCAGGUUACAACUACCUAUCGAUAAGAUCAAACAAGAAAUAUUAUUGGAUCGGGGUGAUGACAUCGCUUUCUUUCAUGUAAGGGAAGGAAGACAGGAGGAUUCGAAUUUGGGCAAGGAAGGGAAAAUGAUGGGUGACAAGACGACGGUGAAGCGAGUGGUGAUAAAAGAAUUGGAAAAUUUACAAGUGAAAAGGAUACGGAAAUGUGAUAAAGUUAUUUCACAUAUUAAUUUGAAAAAAAUUAAAAUAGAAUCUUAUAAAGAACGAGAGCAAUCAGAUUAUGAAGUUUCUGAAUCUGAGUAA